AUGUUUACUGGGAAAAAUUUUACAAAGCGAAAUACAUCGCCCUGCAAUUGUUCUACUGGUUGUAAUGAAACCAUUCUCAUUUUGGUUUUUCAGCCUAAUGAGCGCCUCAACGAAAUUAGCCAGUUUGAUCCUGUCCAGAUCGGCAUUGAAAUGACUGAAGACAUGACAAUGUCAUCAUUUGAUUCACCCGAAGGAACUUCAAACGAGUUGGACCUUGAGCCUGUGGAAUGGCGUUCUUCUUUAUCGAGUUUCGCUACCAAUGGAAAAAGCUAUCAACAAAACCAAUGUCAGAGCUUCCCGUCCUCAUCAGCUUUCACAUUGGAAUCCAACGGUCCUAUGGAAGCUAUGGGAACUGAAGAAGAUUUUAAUGCUUUUCAUAGAACUCUAUCGAUUGAUGCACUCUUCUAUGAUGAAUUCGGGGCACCUGACUUUAAGGAGGACCUUACGAGUGAAGUAGCCCUUUUUCACGCCUGUGAACAUCUCAUUGGCGAAUUAGAGGCCUCAACUUUCUCCUCUCGACUUCCCAAAUCCCUAGAGCACGCCGAGAAGGUACUCGUAGAGGCCAACAACUUACAAUCUUUUUAUCUCCCUUCACCACUUUCCAGUCUUGCCUCCAGCCUUCUACGCUUCUCCUCUGUCCACAACGUGACAACUCUACAAAGGGUACAGUGCCGCCUUCGCCGAGUUAGGUCUUAUGAAUGUCUUCCCCAUGACUCUCAUCUGGAUGGUAGUGGGUUCAGCGAAAUGGCGACCAAUUGUGCCAGUGAGAUCCUCCAGCCGUGUCAGACGUCCCUCGUGGCUGGUUGUCUUGUUCGCGCAAUGGUGCAGGAGUCAUUUUCUCGUUUCUCUCCACUUCCUUUACGAAUACGACGGCUACAGGAACGUCUCGCCUCCAUGUCUGACACUGACUGGAUCGCUGCACGCCCAUAUUUUUUCUUCCGACUGCAUCCGGAGGCAUAUUUUGGCAACAUUUCCGUUGACUAUCACUUUAAUUCUUCUCACAGGCAGGCAAUCUCUACUCGCUUUGUAGUUCACGUCCACUGUGUCUCCAAAUCUUGGGGCUCUUUUGUUUGGCAAAUCAACAACAAUAGCGGGACUGAUCCACCCCCGUCAUUCAGCACACCGACGGUGGCGACCGCCUCCAAUCAGCGUCAUUUCCCAGUGGGUGUUGAAAAUUUCUUUCGCAAUACCUCCACAGAACAGAAGGACGCUACUAUCAGCGGUAGUGGUGAUGGUGGACCCAGUCGUUUAAUAUCAAAGCGUCUCAUUAUUAGUCCAAUCAUUCCCAAAGAAAGGCCCGAGGAAGGGGAUUCUGCUGAGCCAACGAAACUGCUGCUUUGGGUGCGGUGUUUUUGUAGAAACAAGAUCUUUUUCUUACAUUGUGUGCUUAAUUCCGCCAUCAUGACGAUGCAGUUUCUAAAGAUGGGAUACCUGAGGAGUAUGCGUUUCUGUGAGUACUUUGGUCGAUUCUUCUGCUGUGUGUGCCAUGCGAACACGCUGAUGGUGGUGCCGGGGGCUCUGCUGCAUGCCUGGAGUGGUGCCAUGUACCCUGUGAGUAAGUUCGCGCGCGACAUCCUCGUCCGCGCAUACAAUCGUCCCCUCCUCCACUCCACCGAUUUUGGAGCUGCCAUCCGUCGCAAUCCCCCUUGGUCGCUUCUGGACGCUUUUCAACUCCGACGCCAGGCCAUGGCCAUCAUUCCUUUCCUCAGGCUCUGUCCCGAUAGCUCCAAUGUGUUGGCCAAGGUGGACAAGUUGCCCAUGCACUGGGUAACCUGUGCAAACAGGUGGAGUCUGUCGGACCUCGUAUCGCUAGCUAACUCACCAGAGAGCUCGGCCCAAAGCAUGUCGGGGUGCCUACGCGCAGUGCUGGAGUCCUGUGUGGCACACCUUUCCCAUUGUCUGCGUUGUCGCGCCAGGGGUCACCUUUGUGAGGUAUGUCACACCGGACGCGUCCUCUUUCCCCACUUUGGUCAGGCAGACACGCUAGUCUGCUCUGACUGUGGUGCCUGCUUCCACCGCGCCUGUCUUGCGGCGUUGGAGACAGUAGCGUCAAGGGGGCCGAAGAUAGCGACGCCUCUUGGACUGCGCAAUGGGGACCCUGACCGUCGUUCCUGCCCUCGUUGCAUCCGGUUGCGUAGACGGCGCGAGUCGGCUGACACUCCCCUCACCUCCUAG